UAGCUGAGGUCCCAAGAUCUGCACUCUGACGGUACACACAGAUCCGCGGACUUACUUUUUGCUUUGGCGUUGUGGUAAUCAGUUGUACACCGGAGAUACAUCAAAUUGCUGCUCGAUGUCAGUGUGGUGAGAGUCGAAUAUUAAACCUCCCCAUCCUCACCCCAGCAAUUGGUCUCCUCAUCCGGUUUCUAUUACAUACCAACAACCCCAAAAGAGGUUCGAAGACCAUCUCAUUUCUGGCAUUUGAGGAAUCAUCCCCACGACAUAUUCAGUCCAGAUCAUAUCAAAUACCAUAUCACAAUGGGUAUCAGCGUUUUGUGGUCGGCCCCAGAGGUCAACCCCAUCAACAAGAAGGCUCGCACUAUCCCUAUUUUCAACCCUGUCAACAACUAUGGCCGUGUAUUCUUCUUCUCAUGGUUCGGUUUCUUGCUUGCAUUCUGGUCUUGGUACGCAUUCCCUCCACUUCUCAGCGAUGUCAUUGCCAAGGACAUUGGUAUCAGCAAGCACGAGGUCGCCAACUCCAACAUCAUCGCCUUGACUGCCACUCUCCUCGUUCGUCUGGUUGCCGGUCCUGCUUGCGAUCGCUUCGGUCCUAGAUACACAUUCGCCGGAUGCUUGCUCCUUGGUGCCAUUCCCACCUUCCUGGCUGGUACCGUCACCAGUGCUGCCGGUCUGUAUGUCCUCAGAUUCUUCAUUGGUAUCCUCGGUGGCUCUUUCGUGCCUUGCCAAGUAUGGACAACUGGUUUCUACGAUAAGAACAUUGUUGGUACUGCCAACUCCUUGACUGCUGGUCUCGGUAACGCCGGUGGUGGUAUCACAUACUUUGUCAUGCCUGCCAUCUACAACUCCCUCAUGAAGGAUCAGGGCCUCACCGGUCACGUCGCAUGGCGUGUCUCUUUUGUUGUUCCUGGUAUCCUAAUCACCUCAGUCGCCCUCGCACUCUUCUUCUUUUGCGAAGACACUCCCACUGGUAAGUGGGCCGACCGCUUCCAGACUGCUGAGAGCAACCUCCGUUCCCACGCUAUCGAAGGCGCUAUCGUUGAUGUGCCCGGCACUGGCGAGAUCAGCGGCGAGAAGAGAAAGGAGAUUUCUCGCUCACCUUCUAGCUCGGACGUCGCCAGCGAGGAGAAGAAGCUCGACGAGACUCGUGGCACUUUCGCCGACAACGAAGCUCAGAUGGGCGAGGAACAGAUGCUCGAUACCGUACGUGGCGAAGUCGUCCAGAAGCCUUCCUUCAAGGACGCCAUCCCCGUCGUCUUCUCUCCUCAAACCCUUGUCCUCGGUAUCUGCUACUUCUGCACUUUCGGCUGCGAGCUUUCCGUCAACAGCGUUCUCGGUAACUACUACCGCGGCAACCUCAAGCUCGGUCUUCAGGACUCUGGUAACUGGGCUGCCAUGUUCGGUCUCUUCAACAUCAUCUUCAGACCUCUUGGUGGUAUCGUUUCCGACUACGCAUACCGCAUGUCUGGACCUUGGGGCAAGAAGGUGCUCCUUCACGUUUACGUCACUCUUGCCGGUAUGUUCAUGGUCAUCACCGGUGUAAUCAACCCUCACUCCCGCCCUGCCCUCGUCGGUCUCAUCACUGGUGGUGUCGGCUUCUUCCUCGAGGGUGCGAACGGACUCAACUACUCUCUUGUUCCUCACGUCCACCCUCACGCCAACGGUAUCGUCUCCGGUGUCGUCGGUGCUUCCGGAAACUUGGGCGGUAUCGUUUUCGCCAUCAUUUUCAGAUACAGCGUUGACGGCACGAAAACUCUCUUCGGUCAGAGUUUCCUGACCAUCGGUGCCAUCAUGAUGGGCAUGGGUGUCUUGACCGCAUGGAUCAAGCCCAUCCCCAAGGGACAGAUCGGUGGUCGCUAAAACGCCUGCCUUUUUGAAAACGUUCAUGAUUUGUUUUUGG